AUGCGCGUCCGUUAUCCCUUCGCAGGUGCUUUCAUCGUCCUGCUUUUCUUAGCCGGGUACAUCGGUCUUCUCCCACACAGCGAGUCUUCAACGAUACCGGCUAAGCUCCAACCAAAUGACAAAUUCCUCCAUCUCCUCACAUUCUUCCUACUCACAGUAACCUUUUACUGGGUCCUGGAUACUACACGUCGUCGCACACUCCACGUGACCCUCGUGGUGUGCACCUUGGGACUGGGUGUCGGCUCUGAGAUCGUACAAGGCUCCCUUCCAAACGGUCGAGACUUUGAUAUCUUCGACAUAGUUGCCAAUGUUGUCGGCAGUGUAGGCGCUGUCGGCCUUUGCGGCUGGUAUCACCGGCGCAUGAUGGAACGUCGCCGACAAAGUCGGUAUGGCCUGAUGGAAGAUGGCACCCAGGAUGUCGAGCUUGGUGGCGUCACCGGAGGCUCAGCUCGUGACUCGGAAACAAUGGGUCCCCAGGAGUCCGGUGUCAUGACCCUCGAGGAGGAGGUCGAUAACUGGGACGAGAAUGCAGUUGAUAAUUGGGACACAGAAGAAGCGCAGGGUCCCGAGCACGAGAUUGCUCCUCCCAGCUAUCACGAGUCUGGUCCUGCCAAUGGCCAAUCGGCUGUACUCCCUGCUGGGGCCAAGCGCAAUGAUUAG